CUUACCCAGUAGGCUAGUUUACCUAAAAGAUGACCAGAGCGAAGCAUCCACAUUAUGUGGAGAAAUAGAUGGGAGAUGUCCUUUUAAAAUGCGAAUGCGAAAUAAAUAUACCGCUGAAUUCAAAUAAUUAAUAGGCUGUGCAAAAAUAAAAAGUGUAUUGGGUUAAUGUGCUAAAACGUACUAGGAAUAGGAUGCAUUGUUGAGCUCUUUUGAAUGUAGAGGUGCCAGUUCGUAACUGCAGCUGAAGAUAGCCGUAUUAAGAAGACCGUUUUCCUCAGCGUUGUGCUUAUGAAGUCGACAUGAGUGAAAGUAAAAGAGAAAGAGAACAGAAGAGAAGACUACAGCAUUUCUUGUCUGACCUGGCAAUACUGGGAUCAUUACAGGGGUUUUGUUAUUUUCAGCCCUGGCUGAGGGGAAAAGAAGAACUAUUGCUAACUGUUGUCAAUGAAGAUCUGGGAUGGCGUUCUCCUGGCUUUCCAGUAUCAGUUGCCUCUUCCUUCACCAGCUCUACAUGUAGUAGCAGCUGUAGCCUGGCCAGCGACUAUGGCAGCUCCCCUUUACCUGGGGAAGGGCCUCAGCCCAGGCCUCAGCCUCCUGCGGCUUCCCGACAGCAGGCCACCAGAAGUACUGAUUCCCACCUUCUCCCAGCUUCGCCCAGUGAGAGGGAGAUUGCUGUGCCUGAAAUGAACUGCACCCUUUUCCUAUUGGCUGGUUAUGCUAAAUAUGGCCGGCCAUAUGCCUGGAUACGAUCCAAUCAUGAGCGCUUGGUUAACAUCGGAGGCAGUGAUUCGCUGGUCAAAGACACCCCUAUGAAGCUCAAGUCCAUUACAGACUGGGUUUUAACCUCUCAAGGAACAAGGGUGUGGGACAUAGUGAAUGAGUUGGUGGGUCUGUGCACAAUGCCCCCUCCAGACAAUCCUUUCUCUCUGGAUAUGUGCUACCUCCAAACCCUACCCCUGCCCAAGCGCUUUCUGGUCACUGGGGCCCUCCUUAACUUCCUAGAGAUGAUUGUGGUUCAAGGAAUUCGAGAGGAACCAUUCUAUGAUAUGGUGGUGGAGGAGAUUGAACCAUUGAGACGUAUGCAUUUCCAGAGUUUCACUGAAGUCCAGAAGCUCCGUGGUAUGCAGAGCGGAAGCCCCACGCUCCUAGAUGAGCGGUGUUUGACUUCCAGGGCCCAGUGUGAGGAUGACUGAACAUCUGUUAAGGAACACGUCUUGACGUAACAACUUUAUAAGAAAAUGUCAGCUAAUGUGAGUGCAGAUUGCACAGGGAUCAUGUGCUUCGAAGGGGAUUUUGGCUCUGUGUGCAUACAGGAUGAAGCCACAGGAGGGAACGCAACAGUGGAUUGAGUUGUGUGGCAAAACUGGGAAGACUGUCAUGCAAUUGCAUUCUGAAUCAGCAGAAAGGGUCCAGGGCUGUGUGCAGGGAGGCCUUCCAAGAGUGAGCUGCAGCAGUGCAGUCUGGAGAUGACAAGGGACUGGGCAAGCUGCUUAGUGCCAUCUCUCAACAGAAAUGGAUGAAUCCUUCUGAUGUUAUGAGAACCCUUCAGAUCUCAUGAACUCACAAAAAUGACCUUCCUGCAAAGCAUGAAAGCCAGCUGCACUUACAAGCCUAGAACAUGGGGGGAAAGGAAUUAAGAAGAUGCAGCCUUGCACGUUGCUACCAGCGCGCGGUAGUUCUCAGUUAGAGCUUUCUCCCGGCACGCACGUCAUCGCAAUUUGCGUAGCAAAUGGAAAACGGCGAGCUGCGCCCCCACAAAUUUACUCUUCAUCAUCUUCUUCAUCAUCAUCAUCAUCAUCAUCAUCAUCAUCAUCAUCAUUAUUAUUCUUCUAAAGCAGGUUUUAAUGUGUGCUACUGCGGUUAGUGACUAAAAUGUAAUGAAUAAAGCUCUCCUUAUUUGUCUCA